AGACAAUCAUUUGGAGAAAUAUCUUUGCUUCACCAAAUAUUUUGUUUAUUUAGCUGAAUAUAUUUGUUUUAAUUUUGUAGAUACCGUAUUGAUUUAUUUAUACACAAAGAACAAGACAAUGUUUUAUUUCGAAAUUUCACACCCAAAAUUUCCUCUAUGGGUUUUAUUUAGUCACUAGUUCCUUUUGAAAAGAAGCAGUAAAAUCCUAUCAAUGAGGCAAUCUAAUAAUGGAGUUUAAAGUGUGCUGCAUGCUAGAAUGGCUGUCCUUUUCUCAGGAUUAUCAUCUCCAGCUCUAUAGCAAGUAGAGAGCCUUCUCUUUGCUCCUUGCCAAGUAUUUUCAGCUAGGAUAGCUUGCCCUGUUUCUCUGUUGUAAAAUCUUAAAAAAUGUUUGUCUUCUGGAAUUCUCCCAUUCUUGAUAGCACAGUUCCUGCGCUUGACAGAUAACCUAUGGACUUGAUAAACAUUUUGUUUUUUCAGAAAAUGUAACCUCAAAACAAUCAGCAAAUUUCAUUUAAAUGAAAUUCUAUAGCAACUCUUCCAUUCUGUGCGAACACAUAUGGAGUUUGGUUUCUAUGGUUACUCGUUGUUAGUCCUAUGCUCUUUGGUUCUGUGCAGAGUUGGAGGAGAGAUCAACAAGCCUAGAGUGUCAUUAUAACGAGGCAGAAGCUGAGAUAGUUCCUUUAGUUGAUGGCUGUGCAACAGUUUAGAAGACACAUAGUUUUAAGGGAGAGUUACAGAAAAUUGAAAAGGACAGCAUGUUUGAGUUUUAUCACCUUUGCUCCACUUUCCCUAAGGACCAGUGGGAAUCUUCCCUGAUUUUGCCUUUGACCUGUCAAUGAUGUUUGCACAUGGCUUUAAGAAAAGGGGCAGCUCAGCUUGGGGACACCCCCACCGGGCCAGAUGGUGCUCCGUGGUGCCUCCAAAGGCGAAGGGGGAGAAUGCUCUUCGCAGGCCCAGCCUCCAGCGCCCCCAGGCCCCUGCUGGCUUCCCUGCCUGCCAGGCCUCUGCAGCCCCCCGCUGGACUUCAAGCACUUGCUCGCCCUCCACUCGAAUGGUGCCACUGCGCUCAGUCUCACCCCCAACUUCAGCACGAUGGACCCGAUCCAGAAAGCUGUCAUCAGCCACACGUUUGGGGUCCCUUCCCCUCUGAAGAAGAAGCUCUUCAUUUCCUGUAACAUCUGUCACCUGAGGUUCAACUUCGCAAACCAAGCCGAAGCACAUUACAAAGGCCACAAACCCAUCAGAAAACUCAAGGCUGUUGAAGCUGCCAAGAGCAAGCAGAGGCCACAAACCCUGGCCUGGGAUGGGGUGCUGGUGUCCCCAACCCCGACUCCAGGCAGUGGAUCCCCUGGAGAGCCACAGAGCAAAGCAGUUCCUGCAGCCCCACCUCCUGGCCCCCAACUCCAGCCACCGCUGACUCCGGACCCCACACCCAGGGAGCCGGCCCACUCAGACCUCUUGGAUCCUGCCUCCUCUUCCUCUUCUUCCUCCUGCCCACCCUGUUCCCCAGAGCCUGGGAGAGAGGCACCAGGGCCUGAGCCAGCAGCAGCUGCUGUGGAAGUAGUGUGAGUGGGGAGGGCAAAGGUGAGAAUCACUGAAGGUGGCAGAUGGGGUCUCAAGCUGGAGAGGGUUCAAGGCUAUUUGGACAAGGUUCUGGAGGCCAAGGAGGCACUCCGUAGCUCUAGAUGUGGGGGGCUCCUUCUCACCCGGGGGAGAGGGGCUCAGGGGCCGCUUCAUACCUGCAGGGCAGAGAUGGAGCCUGCCGUGGCCACCUGCUCUUGCUGCCCAAUACCCCUUUUGGACAAGGUGACCUAGGGGAGUAGAAGACUGUGGAGGAGAAAGGGAGCAGUGUUAAAUGGGGGCAAAGCCAAGGUGGGGCUGGGACUGAAAGCUUUUGGGGUUCCUCUGCUCUGACAAGAUAGGGUAGGAGAGAGGUAGGUGAUUUUUCUGGCUGAGCCCAGUUUUAACAGGGGUAAUCAACCCCACAUAAGCUCUCCUCUCAGCCUGUCAUUGAUUCCUGGUGAACCUAGGAAUGGGUGGGGGGAGCACUAGGUCUCCCUCAGACUCUGGACCCAGCUAACAACAACCCCCUGCCAGGGCUCCCAAACAAAGAGCUUUCCCCUCCAGCUCCUUAUCCCAAACUGGUCCCUAACACUAAAUCCAGCUUUCCCUCCGCAACCAGCACUCAGCCCCCUCACUGUGAAGCUGAGUGUUGGAUCCAGGCUGAUAUACUCUCAAGACCCAUUUUCAUGCUGUCAAAGUUAACGUUACAACCUCCAUCCCACCCCCAGCGCUGCUCCUUCACCCCACAAUAUGGCACUUUGUCAGUAUCCACCUGUAUCAUCAACUUUUUUUUUUUUUUAUCUUUUCUUUUUUUAGAUAUUUCCAAGGGAGAACAAGAGGGGGAGGGGAGGGAAACUUUUUGAUAACAGUUGUGGUUUUAUUGUGUCCAAUGCAUCAAUAAAUGUAUUCAAGCCUGAAAAAAGGGGUUAUUGUUGGAGUUCUUACAGAUUAUGUAAAUUAUUUUUAGUUUAUAAUGCUUAAGAAUGUUUCUUGUCAGACAUUUUAGCUCUAGUAUAUGUGGUAAUUGGUAUUUUUCUUGAUUUGGGCUGUAUUCCAUUCCAUUUGUAGAUAAUCAUACUAUUUUAAUUGGCAGAUAGGGUCUGUUGCAUAAAUGAAUUAAAGGUAAAGUUUUAAAUUCUUUUUUAAUUUUAUGGAUUUUUUUGAGGAUACUAAGAAGGAAAUGGGUGGAAAAGUUUUUUCUUUUUUUGAUUCUUGUUUGAUUUCUCC